GCAGUCGAGAGCUAAGAUUGGAGGCGGACGCGAGCCGUGACAAGAAAACAGGUCCGGGCUGCCCCAACUAUCACAGGUCCGGGCUGCAGCGACUGUCAUAGGGUCGGGCUGUAACAGUUGACUAGAAUACCUAACUGCAUCUUCUGGCGGUCCAAUGGAACCCGACACGAUGGGGCCACAACCGACCACGGGCGAAGCGGGAGAGGAGUACAGGACAUCGCCCGAUCGAGCUCUGAGGGAUCUGAAGGAACGAAUUAGGCGAGAAGUACCGCUGAGAUGGGCUGACCAAAUCAAUGACGGAGGGCCCGACGUAAGGGGCGAACCGGUUGCGACAGAGCCGCAGGAGGCUCUAAAGACGGGUACCUCGAGCGGACGACGAGAAGCGACGAGGCGACGCUCCCCCGAGUACGAGCGGAGGGACACCAUAGCGGACAGGCACAGAGACGAAUGGAGAGAGAGUUUGAGGGAUUCCUAUUGGAGGGACAGAGAUAGAGACAGGGCGCCGCCCAAGCGAGUCUCCGACCCCCAGACAGGGGAGUCACAUCCGCUCCCUUACGAGAGCAAGGAUCGCUAUAUUAUUACGCACAAGGCCUCAGAGCCUCCUACCUUCAGGGGCUAUGGUAUCACAGAAUAUCUGGAGAAGUGGGAGUUUCACGCCAGCCGGAGUCAGUGGUCGGAGGAAGAGAUUAUAGAGAACUUCCUAUUUAAUGUGGACCCAAGUCUCGGUAGGGAAGUUAAGGAAGCUCGACCGAAGGAUGGAAAAUGGACUACGUACAAGAAGAACCUCGUUCAGCUUUACAAAUUGGAGGAUAACAAGUAUUCCAUCAAGGACCUUGAAACAAUGACUCAAGAUAAAGAUGAGAGCGUACGGGCAUUUGGGAUGCGUUUCCAAAAGAUCUCUGACGUGCUGAUGAAGAAGGGGAAGAUCUCAGAGGUCGAGCGCUGUACUAUCUUCAUCGGACACUUGUCCAAAGGUAGCCAAAAGAGUAUACUUAGAGAUCUUCCGCGCGACAGGCUUGAUUUCUCAGAAGUCCUAAAGCUCGCGAUAAAGGCAGAGGCAGACGAUUACAAGGGCUUGAUGUGGAGAGGGAUGAGGAUACGCGACUUCUUUCUCUACAAGGAGUAUGCCACUGAUAGAUCAAGGAGGCUGGAUGAUUACCCGCGAAGCCCUCGCUAUGAGGCCGAUCGGGGUAGAGGCAACUCCCGCGGCCGAUGGGAGACAGAUCAGGGCCGACGAGAUGGAUAUAGGGACGACAGAUACGAGAGAUCGGACCGAGAUGGAUAUAGGGAUGACAGAUACGAGAGAUCGGACCGAGACGGAUAUAGGGACGACAGAUACGAGAGGUCGGGUCGAGAUGGCUACAAAGGUGGUAGGUAUGAAAGAGGAGAUCGAGACUGGGAACGACGAGAUGGGUCGCCCGGAUGGUUUGAGCGCGGGGGAGAUGCGAGAGAGCAGCGCGACGAGUCGCAGGGGUGGUACAACCGAGGGGACCGACGCGAUGAGUCACGAGGGCGAUAUGACUCGGGGGACCGCCGGAAUGAUUCGCGAGGGCGGUAUAAGCAAGGAGGGUCUGGAGGAGAUCGCCGCAACGAUUCGCGCGGUCAGAAUGAGAGAGGGGGAUAUGGCGUCUCAUCAAAACCAUAUCCCAAGUCGCCUGACCCCAAGGCAGCCAGGAGUUCGAUCUCUAGAAGCGCAGACGACGGACCAUCUACUCCCAGGAACUCAUGCGUCUACUGUAGAGGAGAAGAUCAUAUCAAGAGAGAUUGCCCGGACCUCAAACGGGCAAUAGAUGAGGGGCUUGUCGUGCUUGACGACCGCAAGUACGUCAAGUGGGCAGAUGGUCUGGGAGAUGUAUCGAUGUUCCCUUCGAUGAAGGAGAAUGUCGAAGCAAGGAGAGUAAAGCCGAGUAAAGAAAAGGAGCCGGUCAGGAGCCAGAGCAUCAAGAUAACCUUUGAGGGGGAUAUGGCGACCACACCCAUAAGGGUGGCAACCACCAAGUCGGCGAGAGGGUCUACAUCGAAGAAGACUGACACGGAUUACGUGAUGACGGAGAAGGACGGGCAGUGGGUCGAUGAAGAGGAGGUUAUCCUUUCGCCGCGAAAGCGGGGAGUGGAGAAGUUCUUAAUGAAGAAUUCGCUGGACGAGAUUGAUACGGUCGAGCCACAGAGGCGGGCCCUUCGGCAACCCAUGCAGUGCUCUAUUCUGGAGUACCUGGCGGCAUCGAAGCCGGCUCGUGAUGAGUUACAGAUGAUCACGCGGAAGACUCGCAUACCUCUAUCGGAGGAGGGUCAAGGGGCCCCUAAGGCGGAAACUUCUACAGUAGCAGUAACGGGGAUGACUGCCAGAGCGGAUCGCAUGGCGACAGUCCUUCUCGAUGGAAUGGAAGGUGUGCCUCCAGACAAGUUUUAUAUACUUGGUAGCGGGGCCGUGGAGACGAUUAUAAACGAUGGAGCGGUACUCGAUGCUGUGAUCGAUAGCGGCAGUGAGGCUGCCAUCAUAGACGAGGACCUGGCAGUACAGGUUGGACUGGGCCUCGAUAGGUCAUACCUAUUCGAGAUAGAGACGGCUGAUGGGAAAAAGCAACCGAUCACUGGGGUUUGUUACAAGGCAGCCAUAGAGGUCCAAGGGGUACGAGUGACCCUGCUUGUCUUUGCAGUCAAGAACUGCAGCUCCGACCUGCUCUUGGGUCGAACGUGGCUGAGCCACGUGCAUGCGGUGACGAUAGAGCGACCUGAUGGGAGUCAAACAUUGUCCAUUAGGAAACCAGACGGGACGCGGGUAAUGAUUGAGACAGUGGAGCCUCGGGAUCCGAGGAACAGAGCAACUCUUGCUGUGGGUGCGAGACCCAGUGAUCAGAUUAAGUCGUUACUUAUCUCCGGCCGCGCGGUGCGAUUUCGCGAGAAGAAAUAUGGACCACUGCUCACAAAAGGAAGAAGGUCGGAUCGUGGAGGUGGAAGAUUUAGGGAGUCGGCUAAUAGUGGACGGCAACUCGUACCCAAAGGAAAAAGAUGAGGAAUUUGGCGGUGUGGUAUGCGUGUCUUUUUUAAGGGCACGACCCCCUAUGGGAGGCUACCCAAGCGACACAAGCGAGUAGCUCAAAAAGU